GUGUUUGAACAACUGACAUUACUUGAGCAACGCUUGGACUCAAGGCUCUAAAUGCUACUCAAGAAUGCCGGAUCUAUCUGCAUCGUGACAAUAAGUGCUGCCUUAGAAACUACACUCUGGGUAAAAUAAACAUCCCUUCCAGCAGGCUGAGUUACCAAGGAGACGGGGGCUGUGGCGCUAGUCGUUGCUAUCCGGUAAGCUAGCCGUUAAACUCCGGAGGAGGCUGCGGAGGGCCACGCAUGGUUUUGUGUACGGGGACAUUUGUAGCAUGGCAGAGCUGCACAUCAUAGGCCAAAUCGUAGGAGCCAGUGGUUUCCCACAGAAUAGCUUGUUUUGUAAAUGGGGAGUUCACACGGGAGGAGCAUGGCGUCUUCUGUCGGGCUUGAAGGAGGGUCAGACCCAGGUUGAUAUUCCCCAAACAGGAGACAUGGCGUACUGGAGUCACCCUAUCGAUGUGCAUUACGCAACUAAAGGACUCCAAGGCUGGCCGAAGCUUCACCUCCAGGUGUGGCACCAGGACUCUUUCGGCCGCUGCCAGUUGUACGGGUACGGAUACUGCCACGUCCCGUCCAGCCCCGGACAUCACCGGAUAUGCUGUGCGACCUGGAGGCCGCUCGGCUCUUGGCAAGAGCAGUUGUCCCAAAUGUUCGUGGGCGGGGGACCGCAGCUCCGCAGCCCGGACCUGGUGUACAGCGGGGCGGACAGAUACAGACUGCACACCGAAGCCAUGGGCACCGUGGAGCUGGAGCUUGGCAUCAUUAUGAGACACUUUGACAAAUAUGGCGUCGAGAGUUAACACGGUUUUAAGAAAUUGUGAUUGUACAAAUUGCAAACUGAGAUCUUACACGUUUUUACUAGCGUUUUGUACUAUUGUGUUCAUUGCAUUUCUUUUUUAGCUGUUAAGUAACCUU